GUUCAGGCUCGCACAGAACAACGUUCUCUCCCUCCUAGUCCUACAAGGCUAGUGCUUUAGUCCGGCAAAGGUGAUCGACCCAUUAGGAUCUGUAGUGUGCAGAGUGAGUUGGAAGAUUCGUGCGUACAGCCUCAGCCUGAGAUACUCGUGGUAUUCCACAACAUACCUGGGUUGUGUUUCCACGAGAAUCGUACAACUCAUGGUGCACCAGGCCCUUACCACUCCAGAGCUCGUUCGCAUGAUAGUUGACGAAGCGGGGAGCGGUUGGCCCGGUUGGUCUCUCGACUUGCCGACACUCUUGUCCUUGGCGCUCGUAUGCCGUGUCUUCCACGAACCCGCCUUGGACAAUUUAUGGUUUCAUCAAAACGGUCUACACAAUGUCGUGAAUUGUCUACCGACAGAACUGUGGAAAAUGACGAACGAUGCUUCGGGCAGGUUGGUUCAGACGCUUAGGGCACCUACACGGCCUACCACACAGCAGGAUUGGGAGCGUUUUGACUUCUAUGCUCGGCGGGUCGGAGUAUUACAAUUCAAUUCAAACGGAGUCGUCGGUCGCCGAAGGAGACCCGUCCCGGGCCAACUUACGGAGAAGCUCUUUCGCUGGCUCUUCUCAUCCAGGCCUUCACAUCAACUGCUCCCCAGUUUAUCGUCACUCUACUGGACAGAGCUCAUACCGCUCGAGUACAGCGACUCUGUGCACCUACUCAUCGGUCGACGGCUCUCUGAGCUGUACAUCAGACCAGCAUGGACAGCUGGGAUCACUGCCUUCCAUGCCAUUCAUACGACAUUGCUUCACCUUCCACAAUGCUCACCAGGCGUCCGGAAGCUAGAAGUCGACAUGCCUCUAGACAGGGACCCUGUGCUUCACAGUAUCCCUGGAAAAGCUCUAAUGUCACUGAAGAGGUUGGAGAUUCUUACAUUGCGGUCGGCUUCGCCUGUAACGUUUGACAUUCUCGCCGAGCUGUCAGCUUUGCCAGACCUCAUGACACUAACUCUUUCGGAAUUCAACUACAGACAAGCCGUCGUCAACGAUAUGGGAGUAGGUCAUGCUGCCUCGACCACUCUCUUUCGUGCUCUGAAGUCGCUCCGUUUGUCGGCUUCAUCCAUGACCGACAUCGACACAGUCCUAUCUGCUUGUCGCUUCGUCCAACUCCAGCAAAUCUUCCUGACAUCCAAGUACGCCUUCGACGAGUCAAAGACACUCGGUAGUGUGCUUCAGUCAGUACACGAAUGCUGCUCGAAUGCUACACUGGAAACCGUCGAGAUUUUCGAUGGCACAAGUGCAGAUCCUGACGAGGACUCGGCGGAUGUCACACAACCCAUCACCGCCGCGUCUUUCAGACACCUUUACGACUUCCAUCAUCUCCGUAGCUUCAUACUCAACACGGAGAACUGCAUCGUCCUCGACGACGACGCUGUGCAUGAAAUGGCCAUGUCGUGGCCUCAUCUCGAAUGUUUGCAGCUGUUCAGCUCGCCCAAGUACCCCUGGAGGAUUCCAACGGCGACAACAUUAGAAGGCCUGGCUCAUCUCGCCAGAUAUUGUCCUUUGCUAUCGACACUCAUAUUCGACGUGGACACGUCCAAUGCUGUUGUCUCCCCCGACGUGAAGCCCGGUGGUGGCUACUGCAAUCGGGUCCUCCGGACCAUCGGUUGCUUUCGAUCACCCGUGUCGGGUGACCCCGCGCAGAUAGGAGCAUUCCUAUACGCGAUUUUCCCCAACCUCGAGGCAAUCAACGAAGAGGAGGAGAUCGAGAUGGAUGACUCCUGGGAGCCGGUGGUGGGAACGAUCGAGGUUCUGCGGAUCGCGUCUCAGUGGGAGAAGAAGUAUGGCGCGCCUCCAACAGACUGAUGCACAUAAGUACGUGGUAGCUCGCCCUUGUAUCCAUGUCACGGCCACGGUUACUUAGUAUUUUAACGCGAAUGCACAUUUCGAUGACGAC